AUGAAUUGCAUUGCUUGGAACUGUCAAGGCCUGGGUAAGCCUUUGACAGUGCAAUCAUUGAGGGAGAUUGCCCACUCCCAUACACCAGAUUUUAUUUUUCUUUCGGAAACUCACAAAUGUUAUAGCUAUGUUGAUUCUAUUCGUACACAGUUGGGUUACACCCACAGCUACUACGUGGAUCCUGUGAACACGGCAGGAGGUUUAAGUUUAUGGUGGAAGGAAGAUUUUUUGGUGAAAGUGAAUGACUACUCCAAAUACUUCAUUGAUACGGAAAUUACUCUUCCGGAUUCGGGCUCUUUGAUCCGAGUCACUUGGAUGUAUGGCCCACCAUACCAUGGGGAGAAGGAGAAUUUCUGGAACAGAUGGUACAAUAAAAGAAGACCUGAUGGCAACCCUUGGAUGGUGAUUGGGGACUUGAAUGAAAUGUUGUUUCUGCAUGAACGUGAAGGGAUCACCCCUGGGAACCUGAAUAGAAGAAGAUACUUAGAGCAGUUUGUUGCCUCUAAUUGUCUUAUGGAUGUUGGUUUCAAGGGACAAAAGUAUACUUGGGCCCGAAAAGAAGAUGGUAUAACUGUACUACAAGAAAGGAUUGAUCGAUGUUUAGUAUGUGAUGAAUGGCUCCUCAGUUGGCCAAAUUCAGGUGUCACUCAUCUCACAAGGAUAGGAUCGGACCACAAUCCAAUCCUAUUCACCUCCAACCCAAUUUUGAGUAAGAGGAGGGGCCAAUUCAAAUUCGAGGCCCAGUGGGCUGAAGAGGAGGAAACUUACUCAGUCAUACAUGACAGCUGGAAUUGUAGCACCAACCUGCCAAACUUAUCACAGUGGGAGAACAAUCUGAACAAUUGUAAAGUUAAUCUAUAG